GUCCAGAAGUAAACCGUUUAUAGAAAAAUCUGCUUCCAAGUGCUUCGUCGUUGGCGUUCCACUCUUUUUUUUAUUUACACCGCGAUUUCCAAACACUUCAGUUCACUUCCAACUUCCAAUCAAAUAUCUUUCUAGCAAAAACUUCCAAUCAAAUAUCUCUCUCUUUUUUUUUUUUAAAGGUAUCCAAUUUCUUUAAAUAAAAAAUGAGUCGGAAGCGAGAUAAACCCUACAACUCUUCCCGCCACGUCCCGGCCUACGCCGCGAAAAGGCAUCGGCCCCACCCUCCGGCGCCGGAAGAGGAGGUGGUAGACAAGCCGAUCGCCAAGCCGCCGCCGCCGCCGGCGUUGGUGGUGAUGGGACUGGCUCCGGACUGCUCGGUGCUGGACCUGAAAUCGCGGUUCGAGAUCUACGGCUCCAUCUCCCGCAUCCGCAUCGACCGCGACGGCGUCGGCUGCAUCGCCUUCCGCUCCAAGGACUCCGCCGAGGCCGCCGUUGCCGCUUCCCUCGACCCCUCCUUCGGCAUCACUGUCCAGUCCCAAAAG